AUUAUUUUGUAAUUUUGUAAUAUGGCUUCUCCGCGUGGUCCCAGUAGUCCUCGUAGUCCACGUCCUUUGACUCGAGUACGCAGCAAAGUUGUCGGAUCCCAGACAGAGAACUUACGCGACUUAUUUGAGAUGAUGUAUUGCAGUGAUAAUCGGGAAACAAGUGACGAAGAUCUCAAAUUUAUAAAUGAAAGCUUCGAUUUAUAUAUGUCGACAGAUAAAGAUUUCAACCAAGUGGAGACGGCUGAGUUGCAUCCCGUUCGUGUAUUCAUACAAGAACCCAGAUCGAAAAUUUGCUCAUAUCUGUAUGUGCUAAUGGGUUUUACAUUAUUUACGGGCUUUUUCAGCUGGCUUGCAGAUAUUCAAACAUAGUGUGUUUCA